AUGCAUGCUCGAGCAACUGUGCCCAAAUACUAUGAUGAUAUAAUCAUAAAUACACCAAACAUGGCAUUGCAUGAUAUGCAAUAUCUGUCCAAGUAUACAUGGAUUGAUGUUGGGAUGAGGACAAUUACAUCAGAACAACUUGACUCAGGCUUUUUGGUUUCUAAGGCUUUGGUUAUCAUCGGGCCAUUGAUAAGAGACGCUAAUGGGAGGUUAAACUCCGGCAACUGUGUAACUCCUUGGACACCAUCCGAAGAAUCGAAAGAAUUCUUUCCAGAUUGGGACAAUGUUCCUGGUUUGAUUUUGACAGCUUUGCCACUUCGGCACUUUCAUCCUGAGAGCAAGGAUUCGAAUGAUCGAAUUUUCAUUAAUGUUAUUGUUGCAGUCCAUGGUUUUCUCGGAACACUAACCUGGCUUGACUUUAACUUGUUGGUGCCUGGAAAGGGCCAGCAUCCCAACUGUGUGCCAUGUGAGCAAUUACAUGGUCAGAGUAAAGGUUCAGGGAACAUCAGAAGAGGAAGAAAAGCCGUCACUCCGAAAGUCAAUCUUUCUCUGGGUCGUGUUAGACACAAAGUGGCCUCAUCUCUACGUCUAGCCUUCACAUCAUUCCGUCAAUUGGUAACAGAAUAA